AUGCCACGGCACUCCAAGAGGGGCAUGAGCCACUCGGUGAAGAAGCUUCAGCGUCGCGGGGGCGCUCCCAACGUGCGCUGCGCCAAGUCGAAGCGCAAGCAGCUCAGCCGAGCCGAGAACACGAGGCCGAACCGAAAGAAGAAGGCGCGGCCGGAAGACGGCGACGACGAGUUUGCCAAGCGGCGCGGCCUUGCCACGCCAAGCAUCCAGCAGGCGGCAGCGGGCGAGUACGGAGGCGGUGGAGAGGAGGAUGCGCGUGGGCCUGCCGCGCCAGGGUCGGUGGCGGAACGCGCGCUUUCGGCGGCGCCGCGGAACCAGCGCGCCUUCCAGAAGGAGCUUGCAAAGGUGCUGCGCGAGAGCGAUGUGCUGCUCGAGGACGCGGUGAUGAGCAGGAUGGCCACCUCAAAGCGCAUCGUCCUCAUCCUCAACAAGAUCGACCUGGCGUUUGGCGGCGAGCAGCUGCUACAGCUGCUCAAGAACUACUCCCGCUCGGCCGGGCUAAAGACGUCCAUCACCGUCGGCGUGGUUGGCUACCCCAACCUCGUGUCGAUUGACAAGCGGGUCAAGCUGAUGGACUGCCCCGGGAUUGUCUUUGCGCGCGCGCGGACGGCCGAGGAGGAGGCGGACGUGCUGCUGCGCAAUUGCGUCAAGCUGGCCGAUGAGUUUGACUGGAACGCUGCGCCGCCCCGCGACGCCUCGAUGGGACUGCGGACGACUGGCGCCUUCGCCGCCGCCGGUGCUAGCCGAGGCACGGGCGCUGACACGAGCGCUGCCGCCCCGCCUAGCGCCUCGAUCUUUGGCGCGCUGCAAACGUUGCCGGAGCGCGCGCGAGGGCAGCGAGCGCCCAAGCGCGCAAAGAAGGAGUCGCGGCCGAGGAAGCGCCCCGAGGCCGCGGACGACGAAGCGGUGAUCAACCCGCGGCUCAACCGCACCAUCCGCAAGCAGCAGCAAAAGGAUGGCAAGAAGAAGCGGCGUGCAGCGAGCCGGAUGCUCGCCCCGUUUGUCGAGGGCCAAAUGCAGCACUGA